UCAAGGUCACACUAACCACCGCUCACAAGGCAGACUCACAACCCACAGAGCACGGCUGGAAUAUUCGUGUUAAUACACUGUCGGGGAUGCCCAGCAUGCUGCUGUCCCUGAUCAGUGUCAUUGUCACCUUGUGGGUCUCCUGGGCUCGUGGACAAGAAGUGACAUGUGAUCCUCCAACUAUUGUCAACAGCCACUACAUUCCUGACAGGACCUCAUACCGACGUGGGGAUAGAAUCACAUACCAGUGUAAAGGUGGCUUUUAUCAUUCCACCCAAGGCAGUACAUCAGAAUGCACUGAUAUGGGCUGGAACCCCCCUCCAAGGUGCUCCUUUAAACCAUGUGACUACCCAGAAAUAAAGCAUGGGUAUCUAUACCGGGCAAACAGAGAAUAUUUUCCAGUCCCUGUGGGAAAAUGGUAUCAUUAUUACUGUAGUGGCAACUAUGUGACGCCCACAGAACGCUACUGGGAUUAUAUUACUUGCACAGCAGAUGGAUGGUCACCUGACGUUCCCUGCCUCAGAAAAUGUGUUUUCAAUUAUUUGGAGAAUGGAUAUUUUCCGAGGUCUGAACAAAAGUAUUUACAGGGUCAAUCUACUAGAGUUUCCUGCCAUCCUGGUUACAGUCUCCCAAACGAGCAGACCACGAUGACAUGUACAGAGAAUGGCUGGUCCCCUCCUCCCAAAUGCAUCCGUGUCGUGACAUGUUCAAAAUCGGAUAUAGAAAUUGAGAAUGGAUUUUUUUCUGAAUCUGAACUGACAUACCCCUUACAUAUAGAAACACGAUACAAGUGCAAACAAGGUUACUUAACAGAAGAUGGUCAGACCUCAGGAAGGAUUACGUGUCAGCAGGACGGAUGGUCCCCUCCCCCCAAGUGCAUCAAAUCUUGUGAAAUGCCAGUGUUUGAGAAUGCCAGAGCCAGAAGUGGCAGCACGUGGUUUAAGGUCAAUGACAUGUUGGACUAUGAGUGCCAGGAUGGAUAUAAAAAUGAAGAUGGACACACCACAGGCUUCAUAGUUUGUGGUCACAGUGGUUGGUCUGGUACACCCACCUGUCACAAAAAAGAAUGCAUUGUUCCUGAUAUAGAGCAAAACAUAAUUGCUCAGCCCCAGAAAGAGAAGUAUUUCAUUGGAGAUGUGCUGAAAUUCUCCUGCAGACAAAGACUGAAACUUGUUGGACCAGAUUCAAUUCAGUGUUACAACUUUGGGUGGUCACCAGAUCCUCCAACAUGUGAAGAGAAAGUAAAAUCGUGCGGUCUACAUCCUCAACUCCCCAAUGGGAAAGCUACAAACACACCAAAAGAAGAAUAUCAACAUGGUGAUGUUGUGGAGUACGUUUGCGACCCCAGGUUUCUGUUGAAGGGCUCUAAGAAAAUUCAGUGUGUUGAUGGGGAAUGGACCACCUUGCCCCGGUGUAUUGAGGAGAACAGCACCUGUGAAGACAUACCUGAGAUCGUUCACGGCUCCAUCUAUUCCCGGGAGGGUCCCUAUCAACAUGGAGAGUCCUUGGAGUUCAGCUGCAGAGAAGGGUUCACAUUGGUUGGGCCCAGAUCAGUGACAUGUUUGAAGGGAAAGUGGACCCAACCACCUGAGUGCAUUGAAACAGCUAACAUUAAGAUGUGUAAAUUACUGAGGUCACAUGAAUAUAAGACACCCCGAUCAUAUAAGGUUUACUAUGACCAUGAUGAGCAAGUGAAUUACACGUGCCCAAGGAGGUCAGAGCAGAAGCACUCAGUCUGCGUCAAUGGAAGAUGGCAUCCUGAUGUGAACUGCGCAGAAGUACCAAGAUGUCCGCCUCCACCUCAGAUUCCCAAAUCUCAAAAUAUGAUGACCACAGUGAAUUAUCAGGAAGGAGAAACAGUCUCUAUUCUCUGUCAAGACAAUUCUCUGAUUCUGGAAGCUGGAGACCUGGUGUGCCAGGGUGGAAUCUGGAAGUCAGUUCCACGCUGCAUUGAGAAAACACCGUGUUCUCAGCCACCUGAUAUAGAACAUGGAACCGUAAAUUCCUCCAGAUCAGAAGAAGAAGGAGAGGAAACACUGGAGCCCAAGGUCUAUCCACAUGGCACUAAGUUACAUUAUGUUUGUGAAGAUGGUUUCAAGAUAACCGGGAAACCUAAGAUAGCAUGCCACCUGGGGACAUGGAGUCCCCUGCCUCGUUGUGUAGGACUUCCUUGUGGACCACCACCUUCAAUUUCCAAUGGGGCUGCUCCCAACAGGAAACAGAAAUAUGAGUAUGGAGAAGAACUUACAUACAACUGUGCACAAGGAUUUACGAUUCAUGGACCUGCAUCUGUGAUAUGUUUAGGAGGAAAAUGGAGUCCUCCCCCAGAAUGCACAAAAACAACUUGUCCUUCCCCACCCAGCUUUAAUCAUGCCAUGCCUAAAGAUGUAAAUGUGAACAAGAAAUCGUAUCAGCCAGGAGAUGAAGUAGCUUAUAAAUGUCAAGAACACUACCAAAUGGAUGGAUCCAAUGUUGUUCGCUGUGUGGCUGGCAGAUGGAUAGGGACACCCACAUGCAGAGAUAAUACCUGUGGCAGUCCUCCCAUAGUCGAAUAUGCCACUAUACAAAACAAGAAGACUCACUAUCUGUCUGGUGACACAGUACGUUACGAAUGCAUGAAAUCUUUGGACCUAUUUGGAGAUGUAGAGGUGACCUGUUUGAAUGGGAACUGGACAAACCCACCUCAGUGCAAAGAAUCCAAAGGAAAAUGCGGGCCUCCUCCAACCAUCGACAAUGGGGACAUUACCACAUUCUCAUCAGCUGUCUAUGCUCCAGGAGACUCAGUGGAGUACAAAUGCCAGCUCUACUAUAAACUUCGGGGCAACAGGAUAAUAACAUGUGGUGAUGGAAAGUGGUCAGAACCACCCAAAUGUUUAGAGGCAUGUGCAAUCUCAGAAGAAAUGAUGGAAAAGCAUAACAUACAGUUAAAAUGGAGACGGGACAAAAAACUUUAUUCGGAAUCAGAUGAUUCUCUUGAGUUCGAAUGUCGAUAUAGGUAUCGUGCAAGGUCACCACCUUCUGCAUUCCGGGUAACAUGUCGGGAAGGAAAACUGACGUAUCCUACUUGUGUAUAAAAUGAUGGUUAUAUUGCAGUCUGGACAUUGAAAUACACAUAUUCAUUUAGCAUAUUUUGUAGUAAUCCAAUUCUCUAUUUCUCCAAGUAUAUGUUAUCUCAUUUUUCUUCAUAAUCUGAAUUUAUGUUGAUGUCAUUGUAAUCUGAAAGACCAAGGAUCACUCUGAAAAUGAUCUCAUUAAAAUGUGGCAAACCACAA